CACGUCCCUGUGACGUGUUGCACGCAGACUUCGAUCCGGAGCCUGGCUCUGGCUCUUGCUCGCUGCGCCCUUUUGGACGAGAAUAACUGACCAUGACUACAGAAUUGGGAUCAGACUCUGAAUCUAAGGAUCAGAACCAAGAGCAGAAAGAAGCUUCUGGCCAACAAGAAACAGCGGGGACUGCGUCUCAAGAACAGCAGCAGCUCAGUGAAGAGCACCAGAAUGCGUUAGAACAGUUCUCUGCUGUGGCAGCCCAUAGCACGCCUGUGAAAAAGGAACAGGCUACUGACAAAGAACGUGAAUUUGCUGCAGAAGCAGCAAAACAACUGGAAUACCAGCAGUUUGAAGACGACAAGCUCUCUCAGAAAUCAUCCUCAAGUAAACUCUCUAGAUCUCCUCUAAAGAUUGUCAAGAAACCGAAAAGUAUGCAGUGUAAAGUGACGCUCUUGGAUGGUUCAGAAUAUGGCUGUGAGGUGGAGAAACGCUCAAGGGGCCAGGUGCUGUUCGACAAGGUGUGUGAGCACCUAAAUCUCUUGGAGAAAGACUACUUUGGACUAACAUACAGAGACAUGGAAAACCAAAAGAACUGGUUGGAUCCAGCAAAAGAAAUAAAGAAGCAGAUCCGAAGUGGUGCUUGGCAGUUUUCAUUUAAUGUGAAAUUCUACCCUCCUGAUCCUGCUCAGCUUUCUGAAGAUAUCACCCGAUACUACUUAUGCUUGCAGUUGAGAGACGACAUCGUUUCUGGACGGCUGCCAUGUUCUUUUGUUACACUUGCACUCUUGGGCUCCUAUACAGUUCAGUCCGAACUUGGAGAUUAUGAUCCUGAAGAAUACGGGAGUGAUUACGUCAGUGAUUUUCGCUUUGCACCAAACCAUACUAAAGAACUGGAAGACAAAGUAAUAGAGCUUCACAAAAGCCACAGGGGAAUGACACCUGCAGAAGCUGAGAUGCAUUUCCUGGAGAAUGCCAAAAAAUUGUCCAUGUAUGGAGUAGAUCUACACCAUGCCAAGGAUUCUGAAGGAGUUGAAAUCAUGUUAGGGGUUUGUGCAAGUGGUCUUUUAAUAUACCGUGACCGACUCAGGAUAAAUAGAUUUGCCUGGCCUAAGGUUCUCAAAAUUUCAUACAAGAGGAACAACUUCUACAUCAAAAUCCGACCGGGAGAGUUUGAGCAGUUUGAAAGCACUAUUGGUUUUAAAUUGCCAAACCAUCGUGCUGCAAAGCGUUUGUGGAAAGUUUGUGUUGAACAUCAUACAUUCUUCAGGCUCUUGUUACCUGAAGCUCCUCCCAAAAAAUUCCUUACAUUGGGUUCCAAGUUUCGCUACAGUGGAAGGACACAGGCCCAAACGAGAAGAGCCAGUGCACUGAUAGACCGCCCGGCACCUUACUUUGAACGUUCUUCAAGUAAACGCUACACUAUGUCUCGCAGUCUAGAUGGGGCAUCAGUGAAUGAAAACCAUGAAAUGUACAUGAAGGAUUCUAUGUCUGCUGCAGAGGUUGGUACUGGCCAGUAUGUCACGACAAAGGGCAUCUCUCAAACCAACUUGAUAACCACUGUGACUCCAGAGAAAAAGGCGGAAGAAGAGAAGGAUGAGGAACCGAACAAAAAAAAGAAAGAGGAAGUCACUCCAGUGUCAGCAAUACGACAUGAUACCAAGACUGACAGUGAAAGGACAGAUACAGCAGCUGAUGGUGAAACAACUGCCACCGAGUCAGAUCAGGAGGAAGAUGGUGAUCUCAAGGCGCAGGAGCUAGAUAAAAACCAAGAAGACCUGAUGAAACAUCAGACAAAUAUAAGUGAGCUGAAACGGACGUUCUUGGAAACCUCCACAGAUAUCUCAGGGACCAAUGAAUGGGAGAAGAGGCUUUCUACAUCACCAGUCCGGCUUGCUGCAAGACAAGAGGAAGCUCCUAUGAUUGAACCACUUGUGCCUGAAGAGACCAAAGAAGAAAGAGAAAAAACUGAAAAACGUAUAUUUUUGCAGAAGGAAAGCUCUCCAUACCUUGAUUCUCAGAGAACACAAGCUAAGACUGAUCAGGAGGUACAUUCCAGUGAAACGGUGACAGAGGAGCAGCAGGAAGAGGAGACGAUGAAGAAGGUUGUGCAGGAAACUAUAAUGGUCGAGGAGAGACGUGUGAUGAAUGUGCAUGCAAGUGGGGAUGCUGCUAAUGUUGCUGGCGUUCAGCUGGAUGCUGCAGCACAGGCAGUGUCUCGUAUGGCUUCUGGCAUCCAAGGGAAGGAGGGCUGUGCUGUGACUGAGGGGUCUAAAGAGGGGCAAAGGCAGGAGGCUCUGCAAGCUGAAACCAAACAGGAAGGAACUGCUUCUGUUUCUCAUGAUCAAGAGGAGGAGCAGAGUGCAACAGCCCAAGUUUUGGAUGCACUGGAAAGAAAACCUCUUUUUGAGUCACCAGUUGUGAAGACUGAAACAAUUAGUUUUGGAAGUGUUUCUUCAGGUGGGGAGAAAAUGGAAAUUUCUAUGAAGGAAGUGCCCAUCAUUCAUACUGAAACAAAAACUAUUACAUACGAGUCAUCUGAGGCAGAUCCUUGUGCUGAUUCAGAGCCAGGAGUUCUGAUGAGUGCACAGACCAUCACAUCUGAAACUACCAGUACUACAACUACUACACACAUUACCAAAACAGUGAAAGGAGGCAUAUCAGAGACAAGAAUUGAAAAAAGAAUAGUCAUCACAGGCGAUGCAGACAUUGACCAUGAUCAGGCGCUGGCUCAGGCAAUUAAAGAGGCCAAAGAGCAGCACCCUGACAUGUCAGUGACCAAAGUAGUGGUACAUAAAGAGACUGAAAUCACACCAGAAGAUGGGGAGGAUUGACCACAGGAAUAACGUAGCUUUCAUAUGGAUUCAGUCGUGUACGUCAUUGGGAAUAACAGAACCUACAUGGAGUCUUGGUUCUACCCAGCAGGCUUACAUCUUUCCAGAGAAAAAUUCAGUGCGGAAGAAUUGAUCUUGAUUGCUACUAAGGUCACUGGCAGAAAUAUUGUCCCCAUUUACAGCAAUCUGAAUCAGCAUUAGCAACCAAUAUUGCAUGAAGCAACAAACAAAUUACAAAAAAGCAGCAUUUUGAUUUUCCAAAACUAAGUUUCCAUCUAUACCUGCACGUUCAUCACCACUAUAAAACAGCGAUCUCAUGUUACACAUAAACAAUUCAUGCCUUCACAAAUUAUUGGAAGUAUAAACAGAUCACAGUUUCUUAGGUGGCAAAACUUUUGUUUAAGGUAAUUGAAGAUUACCCUAAAAUGCUAAAAGCUGUAUAGGUACUGUGUAUAAUGUUUUAUCACCUUAGAUGUGCCAAUAACACAAUUUAUUCAGUAAACAGUUUGAAUUAUAUACUUGUGUCAUCUGGUUUCAUUAUCGUCCAAUAAACAAUGAUCAAUCUCUAAUGAUGUUUAAAUAUUUACAAAAUGUGCUUUGUUUACCUGAUUUUAAACGUUUAAUAGGUAGUAAUAAUUUUAGAUUAUUCAAAGUUUAAAGUUAGAAUUUUUCCACCAUUCACAAAUACUUCUUAUAAAUUAUGUUGUGAUUAUUUUAAAAUGUAUGCUUUCCUUAGCAUUACAGUAUUAUUACUCUGAAAAUAUUUCCCUUUAGUUCUCAAAGAAAAUGUUUCUUUUCAGAGUGUGGUUGCAUUUUCCUAUCUAGGACAGAGUUAAGCCUUAAACUGUACAGAACACCUACUGAAAAAUUCUUUGGUAUUUGGUUUUUCACAUUCAUUUAAGGGAUACUGUCUUCAUUGCACUGUCAGUCACAUCACAACACAUGGUGAAUGUAUGUUUCUGCAUAGUGAAAUAAAAGUGGUAAAUGCA